CCCACCCUAAACAACAACAACACUGUCCUCCGGUAGAGAAAGAAGACGUUCAAGACACGGCCUCCCCUGACACUUUCUCUGGACACCAGAAGAGGCUUUACACGUGAGAAGAUGCAUUCAGGCAACCUUGAGAAAGUGGGUUCGCUGAGGAAACGGACGCUGUCUCGAGGAAUGAGCGAAGACGAGUCUCUAAGGCACAUUAUCAGAGACGCAGAAGAAUCGAGCAGACACCUGUCACGCAGCGAUAGCAGAUAUGGAUCAUUAAAAAGAGGACAAAGACAAGAAAGCCAUAGUGAAGAUGAUCUACUUUCUGAAAACAUAGAAAUGAUGGAGCUGAGAGCGAGCUACGAGGGUUGUCUGCAGGAGGUGCGGACCCUGGAGCUGCAGCAGGAGGCUCUUCUGUUCCAGGUGGACUGUCUUCAGGACACCCUCGAGGGCACAGAGGAGAUGCUCGCUGAGACCCAGAGAGACAAUCACAAUCUCACAAUGGAGCUGGAGCGAGAACGAGAGAUGAGGAGGAAGUCGGAGGACAUGCUUGCCUCAUUAAAGCGGGAGCUGGAGAGGUUAAGAGAGGAAAGAAGCAGCGAGCCGCUUCAGUCGAGGCCGGCGGGGCCCGUCUGGUUCCAGGCCACUCCGGAGGGGACGUCAGUGGACCGAGACGAACAGACGCUCGCACACAGCGAAGGCACCUCCGUGGAUCUGAACGUGAGCCAGCUGUUACAGCUGAAGAAAGCGGUCAGCCAGACACUGAGUCCAUCAGUGUUUCACAGUCAGAAGCCUGGUGCUCAGGGUGGAGAUGAUAACGACGAAAGCAGCGGCUAUGAAGACGCUCCGUCCGAGUUCUCGCCGAGUCCGUCCACUCCAGACACGCAGCCGGAUGGAGCUCUGCAGGACAGCGAGGCUGAAGAGGGAGGAGGUGGCAUGAGUGACUCCGAGUCCGGCCUCUCUAAAAGUUCCGAUUCUUGUGCUCUCUCUUAAAUUAUUCUAGUGUUGUAAAACGAUUAAUCGCGAUUAAUCGCAUCCAAAAUAAAAGUUUUU